AUGGGGAAUAUGGGGUACAAGUACAAGAGGGUUGGGAGGAGAUCGUGGCAUGGAGGCAGAGGCUUCCGGCUGAACCCCAAGAGAUUCUCAGUUCUGAUCAGGGUGCGGGUCAGGUUGAUGUACUUGUUCAGGCUGUGCGGGCAAGCUGUAGAGUCGCUCAAGAGAGGCAUCAGCAGGAGUAGGAGCACCAAGAAAGGAAGCGACAGCAGCAGGAGCAGGAUGAGUCUAAUGAUGGAGAGCGGGGACUGCAGGUUUAGAUCGUUUGGGCGGACCAACUCCUUCUACUCGGAAGCCAUUGCAGACUGCUUGGAGUUCAUAAAGCGCUCUUCUCUUUCUGUAGACGAUAUCGCUCAGGCUGCCAAUGAUAUAGAUAGAUAGAUAGAGGGACAAACAGACCCAUGUAUUCAUAUUCAUGUUUUUGGUUAGUAUUGAGAAUUUGAGAAUUUGUUGUUGAA